AUGGCGUCUUCAAGCUCCGGCAAUUCCAUACCUGCGCCUGAGGCCGUGCAAGUUCUUGUGUCUUCUCUUGCGGAUGAGUCUCCCGUGGUCAGAGAAGCUUCGGCUGUUACUCUUAAAGACAUAGCGGCUCUGAACCCUCUUUUGGUUCUCGAUUGCUGCUCCACUGUCUCCCGUGGCGGCCGAAGAAAAUUUGGGAACAUAGCUGGAUUAUUUCAAGUUAUGUCUAUGGCAAUUCGAGCAUUGGAUAAAGAUGACGUUGAUCCUCAAUACAUGGCAAAGCUUGCUAAAAUAGCAGUGGCUGAGAUAAUCUCCACUAAGGAACUUAAUGCUGAUUGGCAAAGAGCUGCAUCUGGUGUACUAGUUGCAUUAGGUUUACAUCUGCCUGAUCUUAUGAUGGAAGAAAUAUUUCUUCAUCUCUCUGGAUCUAAUUCAGCUCUUCCUGCCAUGGUUCAAAUACUCGCAGAUUUUGCUUCAUCCGAUGCUUUUCAGUUCACUCCACGACUCAAAGGUGUACUUACAAGAGUUCUGCCCAUUCUUGGAAACGUAAAAGAUAUUCACAAGCCAAUUUUCGCUAAUGCAUUCAAAUCUUGGUGUCAGGCCUGUUGGCAAUAUAAUGUGGAGUCGCCACUGUUUACAGCUGUAGAUGGUGAUGUUGUGUCCUUCCUCAACUCUGCAUUUGAGCUACUAUUGAGAGUUUGGGCAACUUCACGGGAUCUCAAGGUCCGCAUAUCGACUAUUGAGGCAUUAGGCCAGAUGGUUGGCCUUGUUACCAGGACCCAACUGAAAUCAGCUUUACCAAGGCUUGUGCCCACUAUAUUGGAAUUGUAUAAGAAAGAUCACGAUGUUGCCUUUGUGGCUACAUGCAGUCUCCACUAUCUCUUGAAUGCUUCCUUACUUUCCGAAAGUGGUCCACCUUUACUUGACUUUGAAGAUCUUACUGUCAUAUUAUCGACUCUUCUUCCCGUUGUUUGCAUCAGUAAUGACAGUAAACAACAUUCAGGUUUUUCAGUUGGACUGAAGACCUACAAUGAGAUUCAACAUUGUUUUCUCACGGUGGCCCAAGUCUAUCCGGAAGACAUGUUUGGGUUCCUUCUCUAUAAAUGCCGGUUGAAAGAAGAACCUUUGACUUUUGGUGCCCUUUCUGUUCUCAAGCAUCUUUUACCUAGGUUGUCUGAAGUUUGGCAUGCUAAAAGGCCUUUGCUAGUUGAAGCGGUAAAAAACUUGUUGGAUGAGGGUAAUUUGGCUGUCUGCAAGGCACUUUCAGAGUUAAUCGUUGUUAUGGCUUCGCACUGUUACUUGGUUGGUGCACCAGGAGAGUUAUUUGUGGAGUACUUGGUACGCCACUGUGCAAUGACAGAUGUGAACAGGGCAGAUAUUGAGACUUCAAAUGAUUUUGUUCGGUUGACUGGCUCCUUCAAUCCGUUCCUGCAAAGGAAACAAGAGGUAAAUAUUGGAGGUAUAUGUCCAACAGAUUUACGUGAAGUGUGUGAAAAAGGUCUUCUUUUGAUAACUGUCACCAUUCCUGAGAUGGAGCAUGUGCUUUGGCCAUUUUUGUUGAAAAUGAUCAUACCACGGGUUUACACUGGUGCAGUAGCAACAGUGUGCAGAUGCAUCUCAGAAUUAUGCAGAAAUAAACACACUCAAAGUGAUAUGAUCCUUUCCGAUUGUAAAGCACGUGCUGAUAUUCCCAAUCCUGAGGAUCUUUUUGCACGUCUUGUGGUGCUUCUCCACAAUCCAUUGGCAAGGGAGCAGCUAGUGACUCAAAUUCUAUCCGUCCUGCUUCACUUGGCCUCUAUAUUUCCCAGGAAGAUCAUCUUAUUUUGGCAAGAUGAGAUUCCCAAAAUGAAGGCCUAUGUGAGUGAUCCAGAAGACCUAAAGCAACAUCCAUUUUAUCAAGAAACAUGGGAUGACAUGGUUAUUAAUUUCGUUGCAGAAUCGUUGGAUGUGAUUCAGGAUGUUGAUUGGGUGAUUUCUCUAGGAAAUUCUUUUGCUAAACAAUAUGAACUUUAUUCAUCUGAUGAUGAGCAUGCUGCACUGCUUCACAGGUGUCUUGGUAUUUUGCUGCAGAAAGUACAUGACAGGACCUAUGUUCGGGAUAAGAUUGAUCUAAUGUACAUGCAAGCUAACAUUGCUUUGCCGGUGAAUAGGCUUGGUUUGGCAAAGGCCAUGGGAUUGGUUGCCGCGUCCCACUUGGACACAGUUCUGGAGAAGCUAAAAGACAUUCUUGAUAAUGUUGGUGAUGGUAUCUUUCAAAGGAUUUUGUCAUUCUUUUCUGAUAGAGGCAAAAUGGAAGAAUCAGAUGAUGUUCAUGCCGCUUUGGCACUUAUGUAUGGGUAUGCUGCAAAAUAUGCUCCAUCAACAGUUAUUGAAGCCAGAAUCGAUGCACUUGUGGUAGGUGUUAUUGUUUAUUCAUUGAUUUGCUAUACCUGCCUGCUCUGUGACUUGGAUGAUGAAGAUGGGUUCUCUGAUUCUAACCUGGAGCUCCUGCACACUCAGUCCCUUGCUUUAAGUGCUUGCACUACUUUGGUAUCUGUGGAGCCAAAAUUGACCAUUGAAACGAGGAACCUUGUAUUGAAGGCUACUUUAGGGUUCUUUGGUUUACCAAAUGAACCGCCUGAUGUUAUCGAUGGUCUCAUACACAACCUUAUUACUCUUCUCUGUGCAAUCCUUGUUACAAGUGGAGAGGAUGGAAGAAGCCGAGCAGAACAGUUGCUGCAUAUCUUGAGACAGAUUGAUCCAUACGUUUCCUCCUCUGUUGAAUAUCAGAGAAAAAGAGGUUGUUUUGCAGCCUAUGAGAUGCUUCAUAAGUUUCGGACUGUAUGUGUUAGUGGAUAUUGUUCACUCGGCUGCCAAGGAACUUGCACUCACAACAAAAGGAUAGACCGUUCUUCGACUUGCAAUUUUAGCAAUUUACCAUCUGCAUUUGUAUCACCAAGUCGUGAUGCUUUGUGUUUGGGGGAGAGGAUAAUGGUGUAUCUCCCACGCUGUGCAGAUACAAAUUCCGAAGUUAGAAAAACCUCUGCUCAGAUCCUUGAUUUAUUUUUCAGUAUAUCUCUUUCAUUACCGAAAUCUACACCUGGACUUGACAUUGAACUGUGCUACAGUGCUCUGUCAGCUCUUGAGGAUGUUAUUGCCAUCUUAAGGAGUGAUGCAUCCCUUGAUCCGUCUGAGGUCUUUAACAGAGUUGUUUCCUCUGUAAGCAUAUUAUUCACUAAGGACGAGCUGGUAGCUGCUUUACACGCUUGCUCAGCAGCUAUAUGUGACAGGGUCAAACAGUCUGCUGAAGGUGCAAUUCAAGCUGUGAUUGAGUUCAUUACAGAGAGGGGUAGGGAGCUAAAUGAGGCUGAAAUCUCUAGGACGACCCAAUCUUUGCUUUCUGCUGCCAUUCAUGUUACUGAGAAGUACCUACGUCAAGAAACACUUGGAGCUAUCUCUUCUCUUGCUGAGAGUACCAGCUCAAGAAUCGUUUUCGAUGAAGUGUUGGCUGUUGCUGAGAGAGAUAUCGCCACGAAAGAUGUGUCUAGAUUGCGUGGCGGCUGGCCAAUACAGGAUGUAUUUCAUGCAUUUUCCCAGCAUGCAGUUCUUUCCUAUUCGUUUCUGGAGCAUGUAACCUCUAUCCUCAAUCAGACUCCUAUCGUUCAAGGUGAUUCUUGGAAGGGAGAGAAUGUCAGCAAUUCUGGUGAAAGCAUUGUAGAGGAUAAUCUAUAUCAUGCUGCUGUCAUAGCUCUUACUGCCUUCUUCAGAGGUGGAGGGAAAGUUGGAAAAAAAGCCGUGGAGCAAAAAUAUGGUUCUGUCCUUGCAACUCUUGUGCUUCACUUGGCAAGUUGUCAUAGUUUAUCUAAUUCUGGCCGGCAUGAACCAUUGCGCGCACAACUGGUUGCAUUUAAUGCAUUCUGUGAGUGUGUCGGUGAUCUGGAAAUGGGGAAGAUUCUGGCAAGAGACAGAGAACAAAGUGAGGAGGACACUUGGAUUGGUUUGAUUGGGGAUCUGGCUGGUUGCAUUUCCAUAAAAAGGCCAAAAGAGGUAUCUACGAUUUGUUUGAUUCUUUGUAAAUCACUGGAUAAAUCGCUAAGAUGCUUGAGGGAAGCUGCAGCAGCUGCACUCUCCGAGUUCGUGCGCUUUAGUGAUAGUUUUGGUUCCUUGUUGGAGCAGAUGGUUGAAGGACUGACUCGACAUGUUUCUGAUGAUUCUCCAAAUGUUAGGCGCCUUUGUUUAAGAGGACUUGUGCAGAUGCCACUAGUCCAUGUUGUCCAGUUUAAUACGCAGAUUCUCAGCGUUAUAGUUGCUCUGCUUGAUGAUCCGGAUGAAUCAGUCCAGCUUACUGCUGUCUCUUGUUUGCUGACGGUUCUUGGAUCUUCUUCUGCUGCUGCAGUGGAGCCCGUUCUGCUUAGUCUUUCAGUUCGGCUUCGUAAUCUUCAAAUAUGCAUGAACGGGAAAAUCCGGGCCAAUGCAUUUGCAGGAUUUGGAGCCUUAAGCAACUACGGGUUUGGGCUACAACGUGACACGUUUCUUGAGCAGGUUCAUGUUGCUUUUCCACGCUUGGUGUUACAUCUUCAUGAUGAUGAUUUUGGUGUGAGACGGGCUUGCCGGAACACUUUUAAGUGCAUUGCCCCAUUGGUCGAGUUUGAUGGUAUGGUUGCUCUUGCCAGUACACAUCGAUUUGUUUCUGAUCAUAGAGCCGAUUAUGAGGACUUUCUGAGAGAUAUUGCAAGGCAAAUUACUCUGCAUAUGUCAUCCAGGAUUACUACAUACUUGGCAUCGAUUAUCCAGGCUUUCGAGGCUCCUUGGCCAGUAAUUCAAGCAAACGCCAUCUACUUGUGCAGCAGUAUAAUUUCUUUCUCAAGCGAUCAACAUAUUUCUGCCCUUUACCUCAGCCAGGUGUUUGGAAUGUUGAUCGGAAAGACUAGCCGUUCGACAGAUGCUAUUGUGAGAGCAACGGGCUCUUUGGCCCUUGGUUUGUUACUAAAAUCAGCCAAAUCAAGUUCUUGGAAAGCCGCCAGAUUGGAUCAAGUCGAUUUAAGUUUGAUGGGGCGCGAAAUGGAGUCUUCUAGAAGGUUUUGA